AUGUCCGCGCGCGUCGACGGCGCGGGCCUCUGGCUGUCGUCGGGGUUGGAGGACUACUUCCUCGCGGCCUAUUUCGGCGGCAUGGCGCCGAUGCACCAGCCCUUCGGCGGCUUCGACCUCGGCGCCGUCGACGAGCCGAGCCCCAGCGGCGACCCCAACACCGUCGCGGCAUACAGGAUCCACGAGAAGGACCCCAUCCUCUUCACGGAGUCCUUCGAGCUUUAUUGGAUCGCGUCCUCGGACGCGCCGCUCCACAAGGGCACGAGCGCCUGGUGCAACGGCGACUGGCCCGCGAAGGACGUCCCCACGACGCCGUCGACGCCCGACAAGGCCGGCCACGUCUCCGUCGACGCCAUCGCCUGGCUCUACGUGUGCCUGAGCAGCGGCGCCCGGGAGCGCAAGGAGAAGAAGGCGAAGAAGAAGGCGCUCAAGAAGGCCCUGAAAAAGGAGAAGAAGGCGGCGAAGAAGGCCAAGAAGGCGUCGAAGAAGGAGAAGAAGUCGAAGAAGCGCGCGCGCGCCGACAGCUCGAGCGGCGACGACGAGCCCGAGAAGCGCGCGCGCGUCGACAGCGGCGCGGGCGCCGGCGACGCCGCUCUAGCCGACCUCCUCGAGGAGGACAUGGGCCGCCGCGACUCGCUGGACCUCGGCCGGCCGGCGAGCCCGCCGCCGGCCGCCGCGGCGCCGCCGCCGCGGCCCGCGGCCUACGACGACGACCCCGCCGACGCGGUCUACGUGCCCGACCGCGGCGCGCCGCCGCCGCCGCGCGACGGCCACGACCGCGGCGGCUACGUCGACCGCGACGAGCCCUACGCGCGCGCGCCCGACGAGCCCGGCGCGGAGGACUUCGCCGACGAGGCCGCGGCGGCGGCCGCGGAGGCGCUCGUCGCCGAGCGGGUCAAGGCGCGGUCGGACCGCGACUACGGCCGCGCGGACGACUUGCGCGACGAGCUGCGCCGCGUCCACCAGGUCUACGUGAGCGACAAGGACCGGACCUGGCGCCGCGAGCGCGGCCGCGACGGCGGGCCCCGGGACCGGGGCCGGGCGACGCUGCCGCCGUACGAGCGCGGCGACGACGAGCCCGGCGCGCCGGCCUUCGAGAGCGACGACGCGCUUCAAGCCGCCGAGGCGCUCGUCGCGGAGCGCGCCAAGUGCCGCAGCGACCGCGAGUACCGGCGCGCCGACGAGCUCCGCGACGAGCUGCGGCGCGUCCACAAGGUGCACGUCGUCGACAAGGACCGGAUCUGGCGCCGCAUCGCCGUCCGCGGCCGCGGGCCCGUGCGCGCGCGCCGGUCCCCGAGCCGGUCCCGGUCGCGGUCCCGGUCGCCGUCGCCGCCGCCGAAGCAGGCCGAGGUCUCCGAGGCCGUGCUCGCGCAGCGGAAGCGCAACGCGGACCGCUUCGGCGGCGACGGCGCGGGCGCCGCGCGCCUCGCGGCGAAGACGGGGCUCGCGAAGCUCCCCGGGUCCGGCGCGCCGGCGGACUUCGAGCUGCCGGCGUCGUCGACGCCCGCGGACUCGGCGCCGGAGCCCGAGCCGGGCCCGUCGGCGGCCGAGCUCCGCGCGGAGCGGCUCCGCAAAGCGCGCGAGAAGCAGGAGCUCCUGCGCGCGCAGAUGGCCGCGGAGCUGCCGCCGGCGUCGGAGGCGCCGCCGAAGCCCAAGGCGCCCGCGCCGCCGCCGCCCGCGAAGAAGGUCGUCUCGCUCAAGGGCAAGCCCCGGCCGCCGCCGGCCGAGGACGCGCCCGAGGCGGCGGCGCCCGAGGCGGCGGCGGCCGAGCCCGCGCUCCGCUACGGCAAGGACGAGCUCCUGGGCCUCCGCGGCGCGGCGCCCAAGGAGGCGCCGGAGCCGGAGGCGCCCGCCGCCGCCGCGCCCAAGCCCAAGCCCAAGCCCAAGCCCGCCGCGGCGCCCAAGCCCGUCGCCGCCGCGCCGGAGCCGGAGGCCGCGGCGCCCAAGCCCGUCGCCGCGCCGGCGCCGGAGCCGGAGCCCGCGGCGCCGGCCCCGGAGCCCGAGGCCCCCGCGCCCGCGGCGGCCGCGCCGUCGCUCACGAAGGCGCAGGUCGACAAGAUGACCGUGCCCCUGCUGAAGAAGGCCCUCGAGGCCCGGGGCCUCGAGGUCAAGGGCCUCAAGGCCGCCCUCAAGGGGCGGCUCCUCGACGCGCUCGGGCUCUAA